CGUCAACAGCAUGCCGCGCUCUCGAUGCGGAACUAAAGUAUAUCAUAUUACAUUUGCUUAUCUGCAUAACCUACAAUCUGCUUCCGUGAUCGACGCCAGAUGACAGGCUUAUACAGAAAUGAAACUUAACUAGACUGGUAAACAAAACUGGAUUCAAGUAUUUAAGUUAAGGUGAUAUGAUAUGCGCAUCGCCAUCGUGCAAUUAAAUAACAUGUGACUUCUUUAAUGUAAACACACAUAUCUCAACAUGGGAUCUGAUCGAUUUCGGACACCCAACAAUAUUUCUUGUGUACUGUGCGGGACAUCAGACGAAACUGAGAUCACUGGAGCUCUCUCAUCCAAAGACCACAUUUCAGCACAUCAGAACUGUUUGUUAUUUGCUUCAGGAAUCUACUGUAAGAACUCCCCUACCUAUGAUGACCUGUUUGGAUUCACUGUCGAUGAUAUAAAGAAAGAAGUUUGCAGAGGAAAAAAAUUAACUUGUUACCACUGCAAUAGACGGGGUGCUACAGCAGGAUGUGAGGUGAAGCGUUGUAAGCGCUCAUACCAUUAUCCCUGCUCCAGAGAAGAUAAAGCAGAAGUCAUUGAAGACAGUACCAAAGGCCGUUAUAUUUUGUUCUGUGAAAAGCACAAUUCAGUACCCAAAAGGACAGAUUCAGUAAAUGGUGCCUCAACUUCUGGUCUGAAUCGGCCUAAAAAACGUGGAUUAUCUGAAAGUCAUGGACAAAGGCCUGGCAGGAGGGAAUCCAGUUCAUCUACAGGGUCAUCAGAAUUGGGAUCCUAUCGUUCGUUGAAGCAGAUAUCACCUGUACAAUUUUUAGAUUUUGAUGAUGAAAUUCAAACCCCAUGUGACCCCACGUUUGCUCCAGUAGAGUCAGAUAUUGAAGACUGCACACCUCCAAAACAAACCAAUUCAGCUCCUGUUGCUGAGGAUUCGAGGCGCUGUGGUGAACUCAAUCCAUCAUCCAAAGCUUUGGUAUAUGGGCCCUCAACGUCCGCUAUGAAUAAUGGUGGUGGAUCAGAAGACAGUCCAGGACAAUUAAAUGACAGGAUGGAAGUUGAUUCACCAGUAUCGUCACCAGAUGCUCCAAGAAGAAAGUUGAAGAAGAUAUCUAUACUUUACUCAGAUGAUGAACUUGACGAUGAGACCAGCAAUGACCCUGUAGUUUCUCCAGUAGUGGCACGGGCAGGAGGAUGCACCUCUCCAACUCAACACAAACAUUCAACUCCUGUGACUAAAAAUACAAGAGUUUUCCUGUCCCACUGCAGACCCUCAGAAGAACUGAAUCCAUUGACCACAGGAGAUGAUGAUGGUGAUGAUACUGACAUUGAGACCGAUGUUUCUCAGAGUUUGUUACCACCAAAGGCCUACAGUGUCACUGUCCCAUGUACUGUUAUUAUGGAUUCAGGACACUCAUUGGAAUCAGAGAGCAGUAUAGAACCUGGUUCACCUUCCCGUGCCAUCCCAGACCCUGAGCCUAAAGCUCCAACCGAUGACACACCAAGUUUUGCUAACCCCACACCUCAACAGGAACAUUCAAAGAAAGCUCUCUCUCAUCAUCCAUGGUCAUCCAGUGAUCAUUCAAGACCCACAGCAUCUGUAGUCCAACCGCUUUCAGCAUCUCACAUCACACCUGAUCACCCAGCAGGAUUUUCACUUGAUCGCCCUGCCGUGGCGGAUGCCUGCUGUGUGACUGUGACACCGAGCUCAGUGUCCAGUGCCGCCCAAUUUUGGGCUAGAUGUAAUGAGGCCAAAUGCACUGAAAGUAUUUUCUCAGAGCUCGUGUGUCAGCUGAACAGCCUGAGAGAACAGAUACAGUCGCAGAAAGCCAGUCAUCAGGAUUUUGAUGUUGCUCUGAAGAUAUUAGAGGCAUCUGGACGACUACCUACAAUAAUUACCCAACUGGAAAAAGACCUGGAAGAGCAGGAAGAGGAAUUGCAGAAGAAAAAAGAAGCACUGAGAGAUGCGAGAGCUGUGCUGGGCAUUUCAUCUAAAUAAGCAUCAUAUUCUGCUGUAUAGUAAAACUACAUUUUAUGGGUUUGUCAUGAUUUUUAUUGUUUUAAGCAACGAGUAAGUAUGAGUUUGAUAAGUGCCUUAAAUGAAUAAUAGUUAUCUUAUUUACUUCUACUGCACAUAUGUCAGUGUUUUAAAAAUAUUUGACGUUAAGGAUUAUUUAGAUAUAAAUCAAAAAACUUUCAAAAUACAAGUUUGGGAGUACAUUGUGUUUAUUGUACAGAAGUUGUAGAAAUAUUGUGUAUUUUGACUUUAGUGUAUAUGUUACAGUGCGGAAGUGAGACAAUGCUCACAAUGUUUAAAUGUUCAGGGCCACGUAUCCCUAAAAAUAUUGUAAGCCUAAGUAGACCGUAGAAAACAUGUACUUGAAUUAUUGCUAUGACCUCAAUUUGGUUUAUGAAGCAACAGAUCUAACAGCUCACAACACGAGCUGUUGUGAGCUGUGUAGUGCCUUAACCAUGAUCGUGCCUAAAGGGACGUUUGAAUGAAUUAUUGGUGUGGCUUGCUUUAUUAUGCUCAUGUUAGGGCUUCAUAUUGAAUUUUCCUUGUAGCCACUAGAUGGCAGCAUACACCUAAACCAAAUUCAGGAGCAUUGAAAAGUUUUCACAAUAUACUUUGUUUUGUAUUUUAUUAGACAUUCACUUUUGUUUAUGUCAGUUUUCAUAUAUGUAUAUCUAAAUAUUGUUCUGUUAAUUUUUUCUUUAUACGGUUAAUACUGAAAAUUAACUAAUGUGUUAUUUAUACCAUAAAUAUAUGGUAAUGUAAAUUGCUUUA